CUUACACCAACCCCUUCUUGGAGCAAAUAUGCAGAUCAUUGAUCAGCCAUAAUAUUCAUCAAGUAGGGCAUCGAACGGAAAUGUCUCUCUUUUGUCCGACAUGCGCAAAUAUGCUCUUGGUUGGCCGAGAUGAUAUGAAUCGAAACAGGUGGGAAUGUAGUACAUGUCCUUAUCAAUUUCCUAUUGCCAAACAAAUGACAACUAGGGUAAAGCUAACACGCAAACAAGUUGAUGAUAUAAUGGGAGGUGAAGAUGCUUGGAAAAAUGUGGAUUCGACUGAUGCUGCUUGUCCAAAAUGCGAUAAUGCAAGAGCAUUCUUUAUGCAACUUCAAAUUCGAUCAGCGGAUGAGCCUAUGACAACGUUUUACCGAUGUACGAAGAGUGAAUGUGGUUAUCAAUGGCGUGAAGGUUGAAAAAGAUUCAAUAGCCCGAUUGAUCGACAAGUCGUAAAGCAUGAAAGGUAUAACCAUGUAAUCACAUCUACCCAGAUCACAGAAGAG